AUGAACCUUGCUAAAAUAGGAGUUCAUGCUGAUGUAGCUGGUGCAGGUGCGAAAGGCCCUGACGGGCCUCCUCCUGCCAUCGCCGGUGGCCUUGGUGCUACUCAUGCUAUUGACAGCCCUGCAGCUAUUGCUACCGCAGUUGCCGCUGUGACCGCGACUCCUGUUGCUGCCAUAAUUGCUGCUGCUGGCCCCCUUGUCAUCACCGCUGCUCCUACUGCCGCCAUUGUUCCUGCUGUUGCUGCCCCCACUGCCACCAUGGCUGGCCCCACAGCUGGUCCAGCCGGAGCUCCUGUUCCUGGGUUGGGUCAACCCAACAUACCUGAGCCCCUUAAUGACCCAGAGGCACUUCAGGUAGCCAUUGAGGGUGCCCUGGCGAUGGCCAACCAGCCGCUGCCAGUGCUCCCAGGUAGAUGGUAUGUUGUUACUCGCAGAUGGGAAGUUGGUGUCUUUCAAGGCUGGGCCAGUGUCUCGCCGCUCGUCUCCGCAGUGCCGAACACGUGCCAUGAACGCGGUGGUGCCCGCAUCAAGGUCUACAGGUCAUCUCGCCCCAGCCAGGAUGAAGAUUUGCCUCGUCGCACUGCGCAGCCGUCUGUUUUUCAGCGCCAUAUCACAUACUCAUUCCUGGGAAAUGGCAAAGUCACUACUCGCACAUCCUUCCUAGACACUGUUGAUGAUCACAGUCGUGCCUCCGCUGUCUCAGGUUCAGUCGAACAUGGAGACAUGUCAAAUGUGGACUCCAUCGUGGACAGCAGUACAUGGCGAGAUCGAUACUCGGACCUUGACGUCAAAUACAUCCACAACAUUGAGCUUGAUGAAGUUGAAGGCCAAGCUCGGAAGCGCACUGCUGCUGAUAACCCUCUGCUGCAAUGGGUACCCAAGAUUGAUAAUUGGCUAGCAGAACUCAUCUGUCUUGAAGGAAGAUGCAGCUACACGGACGAGCUUCGCCCUGCUUGCCAAACUAAUCAAGCCACUAUACGUUGUGAAGACUGUCAAGAUUUGCGGCUCUACUGUACGACGUGUACUGUGAAUAGGCAUGCUCAAAGCCCCUUCCACCGACUGAAGGCUUGGACUGACACUCAUUUUCGCCGCGAGACACUCAAGAAUUUAGGCUUGCGCCUGCAACUUGGACAUGCACCCGGGGAUCAAUGCCCAAAUCCCAUUCGAGCUUUCAGCGAUGACUUCGUUGUUGUGGACAUUUCCGGUAUUCAUGAAAUCGGACUGGACUUCUGUGGAUGCGAGAUCACGCAGUUCCACCCGACUCAAUUACUUCGCAAUCGUAUGCUCCCUGCCACUUCAGUGGAUCCGAAGACUGCAGCCACGUUCCACCUUCUGGAAACAUUCCAUCUCAUCUCUGCACAGUUCAAGAUAUCAGGUUAUGAAUUUUAUACUGCUCUAGCUCGACGUACAGACAACACCGGUGUAAAUCCGCCGAAGGAUCGUUAUCCUGCUUUCAUGAGGAUGAUGUGCGAAUGGCGACAUCUGAAGAUGCUCAAAUGUUCAGGACGUGGACAUGACCCUGGCGGUGUUGCGGCCACGCUUCCUGGUAGCUAUGCGGUACUGUGCCCUGCAUGUCCGCACCCUGGCAAGAAUUUGCCCGUGGAUUGGGCUGACGUGCCGAAGGAUAAGAGAUUAUUCCUAUCUAUUGAUGCCAACUUCCGGCUUAAAUGCAAAAAAGUAUCCUCUGAUCAGGUCGACCCUGGCCUCAACCACGGAUAUGCGUAUUUCGUUGAGGAGAAGGCAUACAAGGAGCAUCUUCGUACAUACGACAAGGCAUUCUCAGACGAAAUCAGCACAUGCAAUAACCACGAUGCUCUGAAGCUUGCGAGCAUGAAAGGUGCCCAUCAAAGUACCGCUGCCAGUGGCAUUGGGACAGUCGAUUGCGCAUGA